CGGAGUCACUUGUACGUACGUUCCGUUUUGUUUGUGGGGUGCGGUGCUCGGUUUCGGAUCCCGAUCAUUUAUAUAGAGUCAACCUUGACGUUGUUUUGACGCGUUUGUGUCCAAACACAAUCAGAGGCAUGUCUGCAGCAGUGGACAGCGCGCUGGACACGGCGGGACUCUCGCGGACAUCGGACACCUCACUCAAUGGCCUCGACACGCAGCCAGGUGCCAGCGACGGCAACUGGGAGCAACAUUUCCUACCACCACCACUUAGAUUAGAUGACCAUGUCAGGGCACAGAAGAUCGAGUCCCGUCUGUCGGAGCUGGUGUUAUCUGGAGCGACGCUGCGCCGCAUCUCGCAGGUGUUCGAGCAGGAGAUGGAGCGCGGCCUGAGGGGGGAGCCCUCCAGCUUGCAGAUGGAGAACACAUACGUGCCAGAACUACCCAACGGCACAGAAGAAGGCCUGUUCCUGGCGCUGGACCUGGGCGGCACCAACUUCCGCGUCCUGCUUCUGGAAUUACAGAAAGGGCAGCUGGUGCGGGAAGAUGUCCAACAUUACAAGAUUAGCUCAGCGCUGCGACUAGGACCUGGCGAGGACUUGUUCAACUACCUUGCAGACUGCGUGCACGACUUCGUGCGGUCAGUGGGGAUGGAGAAUGAAGCUCUAUCGUUAGGUUUCACAUUCUCGUUUCCCAUGCGGCAGCACUCGAUCUCAUCCGGGGAGCUGAUCACCUGGACGAAGAGCUUCAAGUGCAGCGGCAUGGAGGGCGUGGACGUGGCGGGGCUGCUGCAGCGCUGCCUGCACGCGCGCGGCCUCCGCGUCACCGUCAGGGUGCUCCUCAAUGACACCACCGGCACCAUGAUGGCCGGCGCACACAUCAACCCUAAUGUCGGGAUCGGCGUGAUCCUGGGCACGGGGUCGAACGGGUGCUACAUGGAGCGCGCGGCGCGCGUGCGGCACUGGGAGGGGCAGGGGGGGCAGGGGGUGCAGGCGCGCGCGCAGGACGUGUGCGUGGACAUCGAGUGGGGCGCCUUCGGAGACAACGGCUGCCUGGACUUCAUCCGCACCGACAUCGACCGCGAGGUGGACCGCCACUCGCUGCUCGCCACCUCCUUCACUUUCGAGAAGUACAUCGGCGGCAAGUACCUGGGCGACGUGCUGCGCUGCUCGCUGGCGGCGCUGGCCCGCGAGGGACUGUUCCCCGCCGUUCCUCCGCCGGGCUCUCUGCUCACCGAACAUCUCAGCCUCUUUGAAGACGAGGCGUGCUCGGGUCGCUGGUCGCGCACGCUGCACGUGCUGCGGGCGGAGUGCGGCGCGGGGGAGGGGGCCGCGGCGCAGGGGCGGGGGCAGGGGGCGGCCGUGGGGGAGGAGGACGCGCGCGUCGCGCAACACGUGGCGCAGCUCAUCUCGAACCGCGCCGCACAACUCGCCUCCGUCUGUAUAUCGGUACUGAUCCGGCGCAUGGACCGGCCCGUGGUGGGGGUGGCGGUGGACGGCUCCGUGUUCAAGUGCCACCCCCGCAUCCGCCCCCUCAUGGACAAGUACAUCGCGCUGCUCACUCCGCAACACAAGUUCGUACUGAUGCCAGCUGAAGACGGUAGUGGCAAGGGAUCAGCACUGACGGCGGCGAUUGCAGCGCGGGUUGCAGCCACCAGCUCCUUGUAGCGACCACGCCGCCUCGCUACCAACACAACCGUCUGUUGUGACUUGUACAUAGGUUAGAGUAGCUUCAAUAUGCAUCAUGACUAGGACACUCACUGGACACUGCAAAUUGAAUAAACACAUGGCAAACUUGGGCCUGUGCACAACAAAUAUCUGGAGAUUUUGCCAAGCUGAAGAGCAAACGCCACACAUCAUCCUAUGUGGUUGUAGCCCACUCAUGUAUAAACGAAAUAUCUACUUUGGAAAGUUUAUACUCUAUCCUGAGGAGAUAAAAACCAUCGCUCCUAAGAAUAUCCUUCAAUUCUUGU